AGAUGCAAGGAACGUGGAGUACGCCUCAACGGGCCCUUCCGGUCCUUUCGGAUGUCAUCCGAGGAGACGGCGGGGAACUCGUCAACCUACUUAAGGUUAGUAUGGAUAUACACUAUCAGAGACUAAAGAUGCAGGGGAACAGUCACCUACCCCACUAUCGAUAAGGAAUCCUUUGAAGCCACGAACACCUUCAUUCACCAGAGCCUUCAAUUCACCGGCAUUGCCAGGGAUGAUGCCGCCAUAGAAGCCAACAUCCACCCAGCACUUUCCAUGAGCUGCACGGAGCUUCUCUUUGAAAUUGGCUACUGUGGUGGUAGGCGGGAUAGCGUUCAAGGGCAUGUCAAUGACCGUGGUGACUCCACCAAAGGCAGCGGCCUGCGUGCCUGUAUAGAAGCCUUCCCAUUCGGUACGGCCGGGCUCAUUGAGGUGGACAUGGGCGUCAACCAACCCAGGCAUUAGGACAUGAGGGGAAUAGUCCGUGUAUGGAAUAUCGGCAGGAAAGUCGGUUGCAGGGAUCACGGAAUCGAAAACCGCCGUGAUCUUUCCACUGGUGCGGGAGAUUACGAUAGUGGCUGCCGUCAAACGCCCCGAAAUAACGGCUCGCGAGGAGACAAUCACUAUGAUUGACGGUAUUUGAACGGGCUCCAUUUGUGGCUAUGAACUGGGAGCACUCGAGUAUGGAGAGAGGACAAGAGAGGAGAGGAGUCAAAGAGACAGAGCAGACAAAAGGUCGAGACAGACAGUCAGACUACUGAACACUGGACAAAGAUAAGGAGAAGGAGGGCUGAUAGGCCGAUAAGGCGGAAAUGGCGGUAGGCAAGGGAUUCCUUUCUCUGAUAAGGCAGGCAAUGGGCGAAAAAACGAUCGAGUCAGGCCCUCCGAU